UUGUAUCAGACCAGGUGUUGUCGCAAACCUGUAAAAGAAAAAUAAAGCAGAUGAUACUUAGUUGUAUUUUAACGUGGAUUUUUAAAAAUACAAUAAGAGCAAAUCAAUAAUCAAACGAAGCCUACAACACAAUGUCCAACCUACUCUACAUGGACGAGUCGAAUGGCAAUGGCGUGUACGCGGCCAAGUCUGUUAGCGGCAUCAUUGACAAUUGUGUAGGAACCUCACCGAACACAGCAUCAAUCAUGGCCCAAAAUAUAAACAUCGUGAAUGGCAGUGUGGCGGCCACAAUACCCACAUCCGUUUCUAGCGAGGACCUCAGCCAAAGCCUAUCCGAAUACACAGAUGCCGACGAAAGCAUGUCAGCCCCGACCGAAUUUCUCGCUGAGUUUCUUUCGGCCGUGAUGCUCAAGGACUACAAAAAGGCAUUAAAGUACUGCAAACUGAUUUUGCAAUACGAACCAAAUAAUGCCACGGCCAAAGAAUUUUAUCCACUUAUUCUGGAUAAAUUGAGGGUUGCUGCAUCUACCGACAGCGAUGAGAACUAUAAUAAAUCUUCAUCUCCGGAACUUGCAUUGGAGCAGCAGUGCUCAGAUCCUUCGACAGGCGAGAGCGAUGAGGCCGGCUGCGAUGAGCUGCAAAGUCAGCACGACUCUCAAGCUAUCAGCAGCAAUAGUAGUUGCAACAAUUGCUGCUCCGAGGAGCCGUUAAGUCUCAGUGAAUGCGAGGAUGAUGACGAGGGAGAGGCACUGGACGAGGACGAUGACGACGAUGACGAUGACGACGACGACGACGACGAAAUAGAUGACGAUGUCAUGAGCAGCAGUGGCGAUGACCUACCAAUAGACGAGCAGCAAGAUGCGGGCGAUGUUGGUGGCCUUGCGACAACAUCACACAAUGGCUCCGGCUCCUCCCGCAACUCCUCGAGCGGAGGUGGAGGGCGUAGCGAUAACACAACGCAUUCAUACUCCAGUCUACUACUCGAGGAAGAGGAAGACGAUAUAGUGCCAGUGAGCUUGCACUUUCACUCCAGAGAGACAACGGCGGCGGACUUGGAUGUGAGCAAUGGUAACAAAGUACCCUCGGCCUCGUGCAGUGACUCGGAGUCCCCAACAGAGCCGCUAACACAACGGUUGGCCGCCAUUUUGCGAUCCAAAUGCGGUGUUGGUGACAAUUACUGAGCGAAGGAGCAUGUGUUUUUUAUUUAUACACUCGUCUCUACCUAUUAAAAUGUAAUUGUAUAAUCUUGCAUACUCAAGAACAAGGGCUAUAUGUAUGUACACUUAACUUAUCAUGUUCUCUAACAAUUUUACAACUUGGUUUGUCCGCGUACUCCAAGCUCUGACUAGUAUUUUCGCUUUUUAUACCUAGAAACCGUCCUUAAAUGUGUAUUUCUACCUUGCUCUACCCAGCCGCAUACUCUUCUUAUACCCGUAAGUAAAUCCCCUAGACAAACAUAUCGUACAAACUAUAUAUAAACACAUCCAUGCAUACAUUAUUAAUAUGAAAAAAAAAAAAAACAAAAUGUAUGUGAAACCCAGAGAAUAAAGCUCUAUUAGUCCCAGAGCUAGGCAUACCUAAUAGUUGAAAGGGCAAACCCAAUACACACACACAAAUAUUGCUCUGACGUAUACACAUAUACACACAACACACUUACACACACAUGUAGCUUUUAUAAAUAAAAUAUAUUUUAGGAAGAGACCUAUGUAAAACGCACAGGACUUAGAAUGUUGUUGCCGAACUUUAUUAUAAAAUAUUUUAUAGAUGCCCAUUUUUCCAAGCUGCAUAUAGCAACAAUUUAUACUUAGUAUUACUUUAUAGAGUGGCACGUUGUAUAAGUCUGAUAACACGGAACGGAAUGUAGGUAACAUGGUGAAUCUGAAGUACAUAUACGGGUACUUGAACACAAUGUUUAGGGUACUCGUAUUGCAAAUAAUAUUACAACUGAAAUGGUCCAAAGUCAUACACUAAAUAACACUAUAUUAUUAUAGUUUUCAUCAAGCUCCUAAACAUUAUAUGCAUACCAUACUGUAAAGAAUAUAUCAAGUAUCCUACGGGCUAGUUUGUUGGACAACAUCUCUAGCGUUCAGGGUUGAUUGGUAGCAUUAGCAAUACCCUUCGGGUUCGGAGUUUUCAAACAAAAGCGUAACUUCUGACCGAACGUUUUCUGAAAAUUAUGAAACAUUAAAUAAUAAUUCUCCUUGUAGUUAUAAACACAAAAUUAACAAAACAGAAGGAAAAUGAGUCUUUAUUUUUGUUCAGUCGAUAUUGGAGCAAGCCCAUUCAAAUAUUUUAUUCAAUUUAUGUUUUUAUACCCUAUAUCCAAAGUGUGGAAAGGUAUACCAGUUUUUAAAUAAAAUAUUGCAUAUAAACCAAGGCACAACCAAUCGUGAACGCUUUCGAGUACUAACUUGCUUUAUGAUGAGCGAAAAACUUGAAUAUAUGGGAUGAAAACGACACAUAAACAUUCAUUAAUUUUCGUACCCAAACAGUUAUGAUAUCGACCCUUUCAAAAAUGGCUUGCACUUAAAGUGUUAUAACCCAACUCGGAAAGCAAAAAGGUCUACAUCAUCAUCAAACGGCGGAAGACAUU